AUGUGGUGGUUUGGUCCUUGCGCUGGCUGCUCGUGCUACUUGUCGGACGUAGAAUCAGCGAGUAAUUGGGUCGAUCUGCGUCCUUUAGAUGCGUCAUCAUCGACUGUUAAGGUCAUGCAUACGCGAGAGCCAAAACCAGGUCUUUACAUAGCGCGAAACCGGUUUACACAGGAGUUAGUGGCCCUGAAAGUGCUAGAUCGCCGGUUGCUGCGUCAACGUGCCAAGCGUCGACGCCUGCAUCAGGAAGUGAAGGUGUUACAAUUAGCACGUGAUCAUGAAAACUUAUUACAGCUGUUUGAGGUUAAGGCUGUAGGUACACGUGUGGAGCUGGCGUUCGAGCUGGCGCGGGGCGGUGAGGUGAUGGCUAAACUGCGGUCAGAGCAGGACGUCAGUCACGUGGUUCGGCAAGCCGCCCAAGGACUUAUGUUUCUACAUUCCCAAGGCAUUGUGCAUGGAGAAGUGCGUCCUGAGCACCUGCUUUUUAGUGACAAUGAACCGAAUGCGCGAGUGCUACUUGUAGCCUUCGGACGGGCAGCGCCUUGGCGUUCACUUACAAAACGCCGUCGGCCACUAUUGAAAAGAUUCUUGUGGGACGAUACUCACCAUAUCCGCUUCCUGCCGCCUUUCCUAUUGAAACGCAAGAAUGCAUGUAAGAAUCAAGGCGACAGGAGGCGCCUCGUGGCGAACUGGAGAGAAGCGCAACAAAUCGACGUCUGGGCACUUGGUGUGACGCUCUACGCAAUGCUCUGCGGCAAUUUUCCAUUCGGUUCGGAGACAGAUAAUGUUGUAGAAAUCGAACGGAGCAUUCUUCAGGAUAAGCUGGUGGUCUCAGAGGAUGGAAUGCUGCUGAGUCGUGCGGCGAGGGAUUUGCUUCAACGGCUGCUGGUAAAGAACCCUGGUGCGGCCAUGAGUAUGAAUGAGGUGGUAGCACAUCCAUGGCUUGAUCGAGGCGUAGCUAGUGCUGUUCUAUGGAAGGCCGAGAAGCUGGCGCGGCACAGCUUAUUUACGGCGCGGUAUGCGGAAGAGGUGGCAGCUGGUGCAUGUAGACCGUCAGUACUCCAGAGCUCUGCAUUGAGAGGAAUGAACAAUGACAGUGACGUUGCAGACGCACCUACAAGCGCUGCUUAUAUAAACAAGAUGGCAUAUGACGAAGGGUUUCGUAGGAGCGUUAGAGUAGGUAGUGCUGCGCCAAAAAUCGACAACCUUGAGGUUAAAGGAGAUGAAGAAGAAGCUCGUUCAUCUUUUGUCUCUAUGCAUGGUACUCAGCUCUUGCUAGAUGAAGAAGUGCAGCAGGAGCGCCCCAGUGCAGACAGCUACAUGCGUCUUGCUAGCCUCGAGAUAGAGGACACCAGCCUGAAAAAGAAUAGCGAUGAUAAAGAGGUGACAGCUGACCCCGGGACAGGACAAAUACAAGCCACAAACGAGUUUGUUAUGGAGGGUGCCUUUGAUCGUGGCAACAGACAUGUGACUCGGCAAAAGUCACUUGACAAAUUGUGGCAGGUCCUUUUGCGUCAGCGUCGUUUUUUUUCGUCCGAAUUUUUGAGCAGCGGCAAGUAA